UGUGACCUCACUGGGCGGGAAGCGGUGUUUGUUUACGGAAGUAAUGCUCUUUCUUUUGCACCAGAGUCACAAGAUUGAUGAUUACAGUAAUUAAGCAAAAACUAAUUUAAGUAUUUAGUAUUUAUAUUUAUUGUUAAAGAAAUGAUCCGCAAACGGCCACGAGGAGAUGGGACAGCGCCGCCAUAUUUAAGCAUGAUGGGGAGAGAGAAACCAGCUCCUCCACCUGCCCAGUCCCAGUUCCACCUGGACCUCUGGUUCUCUUUCACUGUACAGAACUGGAUCCUGGACUUCGGGAGGCCAAUAGUGAUGAUUAUAUUACCUCUAGAAUGGUUUCCUCUGAACAAGCCCAGCGCUGGAGAUUACUUCCACAUGGCCUACAACGUCAUUACACCGUUUCUGCUGCUGAAGCUGAUGGAGAGAAGUCCUACCAUGCUGCCACGCACUGCUGUGUACCUCAGCAUCAUCACCUUCGUCAUGGGCGCCAGCAUCCACCUGGUGGGGGACUCCAUCAACCACCGCCUCAUCCUCAGCGGCUACCAGCUCCACCUGUCUGUCCGGGAAAACCCCAUCAUGAAGGACCUCAAUCCACCCUCACUGAUCGACUCCUUCGAGCUCCUUUAUUACUACGACGAGCAUUUAGGACACUCCAUGUGGUAUGUCCCGUUCUUCCUCAUCCUCUUCCUCUACUUCACUGGCUGCUUCACACAAUGCAAAGAGGAGAAGAUGCCGCACUCGGGCUGGCUGCUCCUGGGUCCUAGUGCUCUCUAUUACUGGUACCUGGUGACAGAGGGACAGAUUUUCGUCCUGUACAUCUUCACGUUCUUCGCCAUGGCCGCCACGGUAAUGCGGCAGAAACGGAAAGGCUACGUGCUGGACAGUAACGGACGCUUCCUGCUUUACAACUUCAUCAUCACGCUGGUCCUGGUGAUCGUUUGGGUCGUCUAUCUGUGGAACGACGCAGUCCUGCGCAAGAAAUACCCCGGGAUCAUCUACGUACCAGAACCGUGGUCUUACUACACCUUACACAUCAAGGGCAGUUAGUAGGAGGUAACAGGAAGUCAGUUCUGAGUCACGUGACCGUACUGAACCGUCGACUUGAGAGCGAGAGAGUUAACAUUGAAGGAAUAGUUCUUGAUGUUUUGUUUAGUUAGACGCUCGGUUGCAUUAGGAUGUUUUUAAAAAUAAGGAAAACGAUGCACCAUGGUGCAUCUUUGAUAAUCUGCUACUUCUCUGCUGCUCUGUGUCCUCAUCAAUCAGAAUAAAAUCAGCCAAUCGCACGUAUCCGUGAGCUCACGUGAACAGAAUAGAGCCACUGGAUCCGAUUCAUUUAAGACGAUAUAUGUUUAAAAAAAUCUAAUUUCUUUGCAUUAGAAGGUUCCUUAUCGCUGCUUUAAACCCAGGUCAGUAUUUCAGCAAGUAAGCAUUUGUCUUAAAGAUACAUUUUCUCGUAUAGAUUUCACUUUUGGAAAGAAAAUCAAAAGCCUGGGUGAAAAAAAAUGGACAUUUGAGCCUUGUUUGGUUUUCAUAAAAUUGCUGACGAAAUGUGUAAUAAAUAAAGAGAGGAAUCAGAAAGAGGUCAGAAUUUUGCAGAAGACUUUGCAGGGAAAAUACACACAGAGUUAUAGGAAAGAUUAAAUUAUAGUGUUAUGACAAGCAGAAAGAUGAAAGAUGCAAACUGAUUAAAUCAUGAAAUAUUUUUUAAACAUCUUUGUAAUUGAAAAAAGCGGGUGAACUUUCUCAGCAAGGAAAAUCAGCCCUUAGUGUUGUUUAUUAUUCUUAUGUUGUUAUGUCGUGAAUGUGAACCUCCUUUCAUUUAAAAGAAAAAUGAAUAAAAUAUAUUUAUAUAUAUUUUUCUGUCACAGUAUUGUCUGAAAACGUGUUCUAUUCUAUUGGAACGUCCCGAUACCGCUUAUUACUGACCACGUGUUCCAACAGAAUGUAAAAUAAAUGAAUAAAUAGUGUUUUUAUUUAGUUAGUUUCCUCCAGGAUUUCAUGAUUUCACAGGAAUGAACUCGAUCCUGCAAACGCUGGCAAUUUUUUCAAAACGAACACGGAUUCGGGGCGAGGCGCGUCACGUGACGUCAUCAAAACACGCCUCCAGUCGAAACCCUCCUCCAUUCACGCGUGUGGAUCAUGAGUACAGUUCUCAUACAGAGACAUGUCUCACGUGUCUCACUGCGAGGAGAUUCCUGUGCUCGUCAUUUCACUGAUUCAAAUAGAUUUCCAGGUAGAAAAAUAAAGCACAAAAAAAUUUUAAGUUUGAAAAUCAAGCCUAUGUGGCUCCAAAAAUACAAAAUAAAUAAAUAAAUAAAAAUCCUGGAGUAUUCCGAGGAAUCUUUUAUGCGCAUUCAUUGUUGUGUAAUUUUUUUAAUUUAUUUUUUUUUGUUCAGUUUUGUUUUUUAAUUAUUUGUGUAAUAUAUUUUAUUUGAAAGUCUUGUACUGUAAUGAACUGGAUUAUGAUUUCUUUUUAUUGGCAAUAAUUCUUUUGAGUACUUGCAUGUUCAUGUUUAUGUUCAGGAGAUUUAACACGUCUACACACCCCUGAUAAAACUGCAGGAUGAUGUGAUGUAUUCAAAACUAAAUAAAUAAAUAUUAAUAAAUCAAA